UUUCUUGACAGCAUCAAGUCCAUCUGGUUUCCAUCAAAACUUCUCUCUCUCAGUCUCUCAGUCUCACACUCUUUUUCUUCUUAUUGGAGAACGAACCCCUGUUCCUCUGUUCCUCUGUGGUUGGAUAAUCUGAAGAGAUCCUCAAUAUCAGCACAUUGACAGAUAUCAUGGCCUGAGAAGGAGCUUGAAAGCACGUUCAUCAAGAUCCUGAUAUUGAUGCUGGUUGUAGUUCCCAAGAUGCUGAGCUCCAAGUGAAUGGAUGAUCCGUUGGUCUCCAAGAAAGCGUAUGGUGUUUGAAGACGGAUGAAAUGACAAGCCUGUAAACAGAAGAAGAAGCCUCUCUAAUGGAAAAAAGAAAAUGGCUUCAGCCAUCCACCAUCCACCGCCAAACAACCAUCUGAGAAUCUAGACACCAAGAUUGUCCUGAGUAAACAAGAUCAAAGGCCACAACAACUCGUUCAUUUACUCUUUCUUCCUCUCGACGCUUUGCCUCCAGGAAAACCAGCAAAACCAGCAACGAACAAAGCGACCCGUGCAUGUUUUGAACCAAUUUGUUCGGCUCGUCCGCACUCCUCGGCAUCGAUUGAGGUCUUGGGUGAGUCUUGUUUGCUCGUGGCCCUCCUCCUUGUCCGCUCAAUGAGUCCAAACAUGCCAUGAUGCCCACCACACACCACCUUUCCAUCACCUCCAUCACUGGCAAUAGUAAGUCCAAAUCCCUCGAAGCGCCCCACGGAGCAGCAGCCUACAUCCGCAGGGGCUCGGCUCCACCGCCCGUUAUCUUGUCCACGUCUCCAUCCCCGCACCAUAGUCAAGGUGGAGGCGGUGGCUCGCGCAAGAACUCCUCUCCGGACGUGGGGCAUAACUCCUCGGCGUCGUCCGGACCCCUCAGUAUCCUCGGUCUCGUCAAGUCCAAGGCCUCCAAGAGUAACAACAAUAGCUUGAAUUCCUCCAGUGAGGCCCUGUCCGGUUACCCCGUGCCCCAUCGACCUUCCGGCGGGGAUUCCAUGAGUAUGUAUGCCCUCAGCGAAUCCAUGGCUGAGGAAGACGAAUACCUGCCGCCUAACCCUCACGAUGGGAUUCGCAAACGUGACGAUGACCUGAUUGCCGGUGAGGAGGGCAUGGUAGGGGCGGAUGAGGACGUUGAAUGCGCCCGCUUUAACCCAGAAACCACGGUGAACUUCAAUAUGGACUCUUUGAAAGACAUGUUGAAGUGUGUCAGCUGUCACCGAUUCCUCUUUCCGCCCAUUCUCCAGUGUGUGGGAGGUCACAUGUCGUGCAAAACGUGUUUUCAGGUCCGUCAGAGCUGUCAUAAAUGUCAGCAGAAGCUACUCCAGGUUCCAGCCAAAUUCGCAGAGAUGAUCACGGAGCAAUUCAAAGUCCAAUGUUCUUUUGUGGAAAAGGGCUGCAACGAGACGGUCCCAUUCAAGUUUCGUCGCGACCACGAGGAGAUCUGUUCGUUCAAGCCGGUACAAUGUCCCGAAUUCGAUUGCACAGUAACCAAGCCCAUGAAUGAAAUCUUUAAGCAUUUUCGCUUGGAACACCACCAUCAUUUCGUCAACGCACACGGCAACGUCUUCAAUGGGGAUAUUCGUUGUGAUGACUCCAACAUGGUCAUGGGUGUCGAGCGCAAAUGGGCACCCACCAUGAUGAAACUGGAGGGAACCGGCGUCAACGAUGAAGACAGCGGGAGUUCCGCAGGGGCGAAUGGUCACUCCAUGACCAUUUCAGGCACGCAGCACUUCUUCUUGGAGAUCUUACGCACUAAACAUGGCGUUUGGCACAUGUGGAUCUGGUACCUGGGUGAACCGGAUGACGCCACCCAGUUCCGGUGUGAAAUUGCCAUUAAAAAGAAGAACCGAGACGAAGACACCGAGUUGAAGUACUCGGGUCGGGUGCAUUCCAUUCGGAUACCCCCUCAUCGAAUCAUCUUGUCCGGUUGUCUGCUGUCCUUCAGUGACUACACGGCGUCCCAUUUCCGGUAUUUGGGAGACGGGCAUCAGGGUCACCCUGUCAUUGAUUACCGCGUUACUGUGUCUAGAACCAAGAAGCGAUCCAGUUCGAGUGAGCGUGCAAUGGCGGCCGGUCUCACUAAGAUGCUGAGACGGUUUUCCAUUGACAGCGGGGGCAAUAAAGCUAACAAACCGAAUCUUGGACCACUAACUGAUUCAGAUUACUGAUGAGUUGGGUCUGCCGAUGUUGGAACGGAUCAUAUGAGGCUGAAUCAAGAUCAAAUCAGAGCCCCUCGCAUCCUCCAUGGGUGGGAGACAGAUGUGUGUGAAUAGCUGAGCUCUGAUAAGAGUGGAUGUCAUCAAUGUAAGUCUAUCUUACGCGGAUGUUCGCGGAACCAUGAAACGUACUCUUCACUAUCCUUUCAGGCGGUUUCUUGUUAAUGGAAUUGUUUGAGUGCUAAAAUAUACCUAAUGUAUCCUCUAAAGAUGAACGUAAAGAUUAUAAAAGCACGUAGAGCGCGAAAGAAUACAAAUUAGUCCCUAACACAAGUGCAAUC